AUGUCGAAGACCUUCCUGACAUCAGCAAGAUGAUAUCUCGGCGUCAGCUCGACAAAAUCGCCUCCCUCUCCGGCUGCGCACGCUCCGUGACCCGGGUCAACUGUCCCUCCAGCCGCCACUCCCGCAAGUACCGCACCAUCGACGGGAGCUGCAAUAACAGGGAAAAUCCGCUGUGGGGCUCUUCACUCACACCCUUCGACCGUUUCCUGUCGCCGAUCUACGAGAACCAGUGGAACGAGCCCGUGGGCUGGAACAAGGAUCGGGAGUACAACGGAUUCACCCUGCCCAGCGUCCGCCAUGUUUCAAACCAGCUGAUAACCACACCUACAAACGUGGAGGAUCCUGACUACACCCACAUGCUGACUCAGUGGGGACAGUUCUUAGACCACGAUCUCGAUCUGACCGCAACCGCUGUGGGGCGCACCAUGUUCAAACCCGGGAUGAACUCGACCUCGUGUUCAGAGACCUGUGAACACAUCAUGCCGUGUUUCCCCAUCUCCAUUCCUGAUAACGACCCCCGCAUAGACAACGUUCUGGAUAAGGCCUGCAUGCCGUUCACCCGCUCCAGUGCCGUGUGCGGGACAGGAGAGACGUCCUCCCUCUCCAACACCGUCAUCCCCCGCGAACAGAUCAACCAGAUCACCAGCUUUAUCGACGCCUCCCAAGUCUACGGCUCGACCUCCGAGCUUGCAGAGUCACUGCGAGACUUCAGUACAGAUGACGGUCUGUUGCGCGUCACGGAAGGAGCAGACAUCAGCUCAGGAAUGGACCUACUUCCUUUCCAGAACGAGGAGACGUCCUCCUGCCAGCAGGAUCCCAGCGGAGGAGACGUCGUCCAGUGCUUCCUUGCUGGCGACGGUCGGGCUAACGAAGUCAACACGCUGAUCGCAUCACACACCGUCUGGCUCCGCGAGCACAACCGAGUCGCCCGGAAGCUGAGGGAAAUGAAUCCGCGCUGGAAGGGGGAAGAGAUCUACCAGGAGGCCCGUAAGAUCGUCGGCUCGGAGAUGCAGCACAUCACCUACACCGAGUACCUUCCCAAGAUCCUCGGACAAAGCGGGAUGGACCAGAUUGGGGAAUACGCCGGGUACGACCCAAACGUGAACCCCUCGACCCGGAACGAGUUCGCCACCGCCGCCUUCAGGUUCGGCCACGCCGCCAUUAGCGGAACGGUCAGGCGUUAUAAUGAGGAUUACGAGGAGGACCCUGAGAUCGGGAACGUCGCCCUCCACGAUACCUUCUUCUCGCCGUGGCGCAUCGUGAAGGAGAGCGGUGUAGACUCGGUGGUCAGGGGGCUCCUAGGAGGGUUCGCCAAGCUGGUCACUCCUACAGACGUAAUGCACGAGGAGCUCUCCCAGAACCUCUUCGCCCUGAUGAACCAGAUAGCGCUGGAUCUGGCCUCUCUCAACACCCAGCGUGGCCGUGACCACGGUCUGCCCUUCUACAACGACUGGAGAGUCUUCUGUAACCUCCCUCGGGCAGAAUCCUUUGACGACCUCGCCGGAGAGAUCACCAACUCAGACGUACGUGACAAGCUUGCUGACGUAUAUGGUGACGUCAACAACAUUGACCUUUGGCCCGGAGCCCUUCUGGAGGAUCACGAGGACGGCGCCAGAAUCGGGCCGACCUUCAGGUGCAUGAUGGCGGAGCAGUUCAAGGCAUACCGCAACGGGGACAGGUUCUGGUUUGAGAAUGACGGUGUCCUCAGUCCCGAACAGCGUGACGAAAUCAGUCGAGUGACCUUAGCCCGCGUCAUCUGCGACAACACCGGCAUCACCCGGCUGCCGCCUGACGUGUUCCGGCGCACUGCCGUGGCUGACAUGGUGGCGUGUGAGGACAUCCCCGGCAUCAACCUGGAGCUCUGGGAGGACAGUCGUAGAGGUUGAACUAUGUAUGAACGAGUAAGUUGCCGACGCGCAGUGACGUCAACAUCAGCAUGACGUCAGGACAUCAUUGCAGCCGCAACUGAUUCUUGUCAAUCUAGUAAGAAAACAGCCCUGGAUUUACUUUACUGUGAAUGAGUUCACAAGUUGAUUUAAGAUAACUAUUAUGCACGCUAAAGUGCCAUUAUCAUUAGCUACUUUUGCGUUAUAACAGGGUUGCCUAAGAAUAAUUCUAUUUAAUCCAUUUUAUUAGUCUAUGUAUGCUUAGCAAUUUUACCCAGUAAUCAGUUCAAUUUUGAUUGUUGAUUUACGUAAGGCCGUAAGUCAAGAUUUUCUGCUAUGUCACCCGACGUAGAUUACGCUGAAAAUGACAAGGAAACAGAUCCAUAUCCCAUUUAGCAGCCUUGGACAGCAAGUAUUCAAAUGAAACUACUGAUGAAGAAAAUUAAAGUAGACUAAUUAAAGUGUAAUAACUACACGCAGAACAAUAGGGUAAAGUACUGCUAUUUAUGUGUCACAGCAACAAGUAGCAUAAUUUUAAGAAUAAACUUGUUAGUUGCAAAAGCGACAGCAAAAGCAACUAGUCUUCCCGGAUUCCAAUUGUGCACAUAACAACAACAUUACACAUGCAUAACAACAACAUUACACAUACAUAACAACAACAUUACACAUACUACACAAUCAUUUAAAAACGACAUAUAAAACAAUGACUACUUGAUGGCCCAAAACACGUGACAUCUGGAAAGACAAUACAUCUGUAUGUUGAGUUCAUCAUGUCAAUCAUGUACGUACUGUCAGUCGACUGAAGGUUCCCAUUCUUGUCUGAAGUGAAGACGUGUGAAAACCUGAUUAUGUGAUCUUAAAAUCGGCCAGAGAUCAGCGAGUAACGUACCAUAAUGCUGUCAAGUUUGUUCAUUGCCACAGAAAAGCUAUCAUAGCAAUCGGUAUGAUAUAAUAUAACACAACAUAAUAUAACACAAUAAUAUAUGAUAUACAAUAUAUAACAUAACAUAACAUAAUAUAAUAUAAUAUAAUAUGAUAAAGAACUGAGAAGCUUUGAGUUGGGGAGCCACGCCCACACUAAGUAGUGAAAAAAUAAUCUUUGCCAGGUGUUUCAAACAUAUUGUAUUGUGCCAAGUCGUGUUAUCUCUGGUUUCGUGAGGUUUUGAUCAUCAAUUAAAAAGGAGACGUGUCAAUAUCAGGAAUGGUCAUGAAGUCGGUUUAGGUUACGAACUUGAGAUAUUGUUGAAGUUGCGUUACAAUGAUGUAGAAAUAAACCUGGC